AUGGCAUCAACAGAGCUUCAGAAGAAAGUUGGCCAGCUGUUUGCAGUCGGUUUUCACGGCCAUACACCGAGUCUCGAGAUCAAGACACUCAUUCACGACUACCAUGUUGGAGGCAUCGUUCUCUUCUCGCGUAAUUUCCAGAAUGCCGCACAGCUCCAGGCGUUGACGCUUGCUCUGCAAAAUGAAGCGCGUCUGGCGGGUCACCAGCAGCCUUUGUUUAUUGCAAUCGACCAGGAAAAUGGACUGGUUACUCGGGUAUCACCUCCGAUUGCUCCACAAGUUCCUGGUCCGAUGGCGCUCGGCGGUACUCACAGCCCAGAAUUAGCCUACGAAGCCGGAAAGGCUACUGGUGAAAUCCUGACGUUCUUUGGGAUCAACAUGAAUUACGCACCAGUCUGUGACAUCAACUCCGAGCCUUUGAACCCUGUCAUUGGCGUGCGAAGUCCUGGAGAUGACCCGGAAUUUGUGGGUAGGUUCGCCAGCGCCACAGCGCGCGGCCUACGAGAGAAGAAGAUCAUUCCCAGUAUCAAGCACUUCCCCGGACACGGCGACACGGCAGUAGAUUCACACUAUGGCCUACCGGUGAUCCCAAAAACAAGAGAUGAGCUGGAGCGGUGCGAACUGAUCCCAUUUCGUCGUGCUGUGGCGGAGCAGAUCGAGACUGUUAUGACUGCCCAUAUCUCACUACCGUACAUUGACGACAAACUUCCUGCAACGUUGUCGCCUGCUGCCUUGGGUAUUCUGCGAAAAGACAUGGCUUACGAUGGUAUGGUCAUUACUGAUUGUCUGGAGAUGGAUGGCGUUCGCUCUACAUUUGGCACAGAGCAAGGCUCGGUGCUGGCGUUGCAGGCGGGAAGUGACAGUAUCAUGAUCUGCCACACAUUCGAGGUGCAGGUAAACUCCAUAAGGAAGGUCUGCGAAGCAGUUCAAUCUGGAGCCAUUGAGCCCACACGAUUAGAGGAGGCUUGUCGUCGCGUUGCCCGUGUGAAGAAUAAUUUUACAAAUUGGGAUGCCGCUUUACAUCAACCCAAAAUUGCCGAGAUGGAUGCUCUGAGUAAACGAAUUUCUCUGACCUGCCAGGAAGCAUAUGAGCGCUCAGUUACACUUGUCCGUGACAGCGCAGACGUUCUUCCCCUAUCAAAGAACGCCAAAAUCGUGUUUCUAUUUCCCGGAGACGAGACUCCCGCAGGCGGUGCAGUGGAUGGGCAGGGAACGGGUCGUCGAGGCUCAUAUGAAGCCACGGUAUAUCUCGAAACUCUGCGUCGACACAACCCAUCUAUCAGGGAAAUCAGAUAUGGACAGGGCGGUCUAUCUGAUGAGCAAUUGAGUUCUGUCAAGGCAGCGGACGCUGUCAUUCUUGUUACGAUCAACGCACGAGAAUCGCCGUACCAGGAAGAAUUGGGUAAGUUGCUUCCUCAGUGUGCCUCCUCACUGGUUUCCAUUGCUGCCUGCAAUCCCUACGACUUCCUCGACACUUUGGAGGUUCAGACAUAUCUUGCUACCUAUGAGCCGACCAUAGAAGCAUUCUCUGUGGCUGCUGAUAUUAUUUUUGGCACCAAGUUCCCCAAAGGAUCACUUCCGGUUGGGCCGACUGCCACGAAGAAGCCUGAUGUAAGUGUGACCCCUUAUAAUAGUGAGAAGGAUGUCAAUGGAAUUCUUUCUGCCUGGACGGAGGCUUUGCCCACAUAUACUCUGUCUGCGGAGCAACUACGCCCCUUCAUUACCCGGGACAAUGCAUAUCAUUAUGUUGCUCGAGUUGGGUCCGAGCUAGUCGGUUUCUGUCUUGCGUAUACAAACGCCCAUGGAGACCCGAAAACUGUCCAUAUUGCAGUUUUAGCGGUUGUUCCAAGGUAUCAAGGCCAAGGAAUCGGGACAGCGCUUUUAACCGAAACACGCUCGAACUUCAGAAAAAAGUUCGGCAUCUACCAGGUGAAACUUGGGAGCUCUUUCCCUCGAUUUUGGCCUGGUAUUCCUCGCGAUCUCCCAGAAUCAGUUCAGGAGUUCUUUGUUCAUCGAGGGUUUCGACUCAGUCCGCCUCAGGCGAGAUCAGUUGAUCUGUUUCAGGAUAUUCGGAAUUUUCAGUCACCCGAAAAGUAUAUAAACCGCGCCCGGGAACGAGGUUUUCGGUUUGCACCACUUCAGCCCCAGGACUACGAGGGAUGCUUGGUCGGACAGAGAAGAAAUUUCUCCGACAAGGCGGGCUGGGUGGAGGCCUAUGUCACACUCCAUCCCAGUGAAUAUCCGGACUGCGUCAUGGCCGCCUUUGAUGCUCAGGGUGAGCAGGUUGGGUGGACCUUGAUGCUUCCUCCUUUACCUCAGCUCAACCAAGUCUGGGCAUUCCCACAGACCUGCGGUCCUAAGACAGGACUCAUUGGUGCUGUAGGCGUUGACGAAUCGCACCGCAAAUCCGGCAUUGGUUUGGCAAUGAUAUGCCAUGCGGUGGAGAACAUGAAGCAACGAGGGAUUCAAGGCGUUUUUGUGGAUUGGGUGGCCUUGGACGGAUGGUAUGAGCAGGUUGGUUUUAAGACUUGGCGGAGCUAUCGACCGGGUGAAACUUGA